AUGCCUUCCCCGGCCCAGAAUCAGGCCCAACGUAAUCCCCCUCACAUUACAUGCAUCUCUCUGAAAUCGGGAACUUGUAAAACCGCUUCGGCCGCUAACGCUACAGUCGCCGGGAAAAUCGCAGAUUCGUUCCGGUACGCAAUGGUCUGUUCGUCGAAUCAGAACCGGAGCAUGGAGGCUCACGCUCUGCUUAAGAGGCAAGGCCUCGACGUUGCUUCGUACGGGACUGGGUCUCAUGUGAAACUACCUGGACCGUCUGCCAGAGAGCCUAACGUCUACGACUUUGGAACUCCUUACAAGCAGAUGUUCGAUGAGCUCAGGCGCAAGGAUCCUGAACUUUACAAGCGGAAUGGUAUCUUGCAGAUGCUUAAGAGGAAUUUAUCUGUGAAACUUGCUCCUCAGAGAUGGCAAGAUAAUGCUGGCGAUGGUGUGUUUGAUGUUGUGAUGACGUUUGAAGAAAAGGUCUUCGAUUCAGUCCUUGAAGAUCUUAAUAACAGAGAACAAACACUGAUGAAAACCAUACUUGUGAUGAACUUGGAGGUUAAAGAUAACCACGAAGAAGCAGCUAUUGGUGGCCGACUUGCCUUGGAACUCUGUCAAGAGGGAAUGAAUCAUGGGAAGAUACAGUCGAUGACAUUGUUGCCGGUUUCGAAAAACAACACAGGCGGAAACUUGUCUAUAGCAUCUCAUUCUACUGAAGAUACCAUCAUCACUCGCAGAGAAAGCUGUCAAGGUAGAGCUUUUUCCAUUAAGAUUAUUCACGAUCAUACUCUUGACUAUAUAACGUUCGUUCGUCCCGCGGUUCUUAAAGUUAGUUUUAGAACCAACACAUACGUAAAAAAAAAGAGAAUGAUGAAGAAGACUUGCGAAACCCAAGAAGACCCUCUUCAACAAGAAAGUCGUCGUCAUCUUCACCAAAUCUUCUUAUCGAAGAUAUUCAAAUCUCAGAAAUUCUUCCAGACUCUCGUUUUGUAUUCGUUUCUUAUCGGUUUCGGAUUCGGACUCGGCUUCAUACUCAACUUCCACAUGAGAAACGUAUCUUUCAGUCCUCAACUCUUUCGUCUAUCUUCUUCUCCUUCCUCCUCCUCCUCCUCUUCCCUCUCUCCACCGUUUCAGCCGCAGCCAGAGAAAUGCGUAUUUAAAAAAGAAGCGGUUGCUGCAACUGAUGACGAUGAAGGGCGAAAGGGUCAUUCUCUGCUGGAUCCGGAGAACGUGAUGCAUAACAUGACGGAGAGAGAACUCUUGUGGCGUGCGUCGAAGAUUCAAGAAAACCCGUUAAAGACGACAAAGAAAGUGGCGUUUAUGUUCUUGACGAGAGGGAAGCUUCCUUUGGCUAAACUGUGGGAGAGAUUUUUCCAAGGCCAUCAAGGUCUUUUCUCCAUUUACAUUCAUACGAGCGACCCUUAUUACGUUGACGAUGAUGUUCCUGAAACGUCGCCGUUCUUUCGCCGGAGGAUUCCAAGCAAGGAAGUGGAAUGGGGAAUGGUGAGCAUGGUGGAGGCUGAACGGCGGCUACUGGCCAACGCUCUGCUCAGCCCUGAAAACCACCGCUUCGUCCUCCUCUCGGAAUCGGACAUUCCUCUCUUCAACUUCUCCACUAUUUACUCUUACCUAAUAAACUCCCAACACUCUUACGUUGACCUCUACGACAUUCCCGGACCAGCAGGUCGGGGCCGCUACAACCGCCGUAUGUCCCCGCUCAUCAGCCGUCGCAACUGGCGAAAAGGCUCUCAGUGGUUCGAAAUCGACCGUGAGGUGGCUUUAGCGGUCGUCUCCGAUACCACUUACUUCCCUUUGUUCAAGAAACAUUGCCUUUGGGGUUGUUACGCCGAUGAGCAUUACUUGCCGACGUUUGUCCACGUCAUGUUUCCGGGGAAGAACGCGAACAGGUCGCUGACGUGGACGGAUUGGUCACGGCGAGGGCCCCAUCCGAGGAAGUACACACGGCGGAUGGUAACGGCAGAGUUUUUUAGAAAGGUGAGGAAUAGGGAAGAAGGGUGUGUAUAUAAUGGGGAAAAGAGUAACAAAUGUUACUUGUUCGCUAGGAAAUUCGAUGAUGGUUCUUUGGAUAGGUUGAUUCAUUUUGCUCAUAGAGUUAUGGGAUUUUAGUAUUUUCUUAUGAAGGCCCAUAGCAUACGAUUUGGGUUUUGGAAGGCCCAUUAGUUCAUUCGUCGAAUACAUAAACACAUCUGUAAUUACAAAUUUCGCUGUCUCCUUUUCUCACAUAAAUCUUGUUUAUCUUCUUACAACCAUGUGGAAUAUACCUAUAAUUAACUUC